GUUCCUCGCACACAGACAAAAAUUUCAAUUUGACAAAUCAAAGCAAAUAAUAAAAAAUUAUUUGUUAGCCUUACAUACACCACGACAAGUUCCAAAUUAAGUUUGAGAGAUUUUCUUUUGAUAUACAUGCCAUGGAGCUUUGCCAGGAGCUGCACGAGGAGCUGCUGCUGGACGAGUACAUGGCCAUGCAGAGCACAAGCAGCGAGGAUGCGCCCAGCGAGAGUUCGCUGAAUCCCAAUGCGCUCGAGUUUGUGCCUGGCUACAUGCGAAGCAGCGAUGAGGAUGAAGAGAUGGAGGAGGAGCUGGAGCAGCUGCAGCAGCAGCCGGCGCAGCAGCUAAGUUCGAAUACAACGCUGGUGGGGCAUCCAAUUGAGCUGGUGGGUGAUGCAGAGACUGCGGGCUUCGAGCACGUGGAGACGAUCAAUAGUUUGCAGCGGCAGCUAUUCAACUGGCUUGGCGAAUUGGGCAAACAGGAGCUGCCGCUGGUGCAGCUGCAGCUGAGUCUGCUGCCCAAUGGCCAAGGCAUCAAUGUGCAAUUCCUGGCCAAGCAAACUAUAAAGCCGCUGGACGAGCGUUUCUGUCGCGCCGCCGCUCUCAAGCUGCCCGUGGAGCCAGCCUAUGUGGCAGCCACGCGUCCAGGGAAUCAACUGACUGCGCAGUUUCUGCAGCGCAUGAGCCAAGUGCUGCUGCCAGAGCAGCCGCCGCCGUCGUCGCCACGCAAGACGCCGCUGCUGAGCAAGCAGAACAGCCUCGCUGAGCUGGAGAUUGAGCGUCAGAUUGCGUACAUUAAAAAGUUCGAGCAGCUGAUCAAGCAGGAUGAGGGCAAACGCUAUCAUCAGGCCUUCAAUGAGCUCUGCCAGAAGUUGGGACUCAGCUCAGUUGGGAAGCAGCCGCCAGCUAAGCCUGCCAAGUCGUCGUCGUCGUCGCCGCAGUCGCAGUCCUACGACUGGGAUGACUACGAUCCCAGCUAUGCUGCCAUGAAGAUUUACAAGCAUGCCGCUCCACGCGGCUCCGAGCCGCACUUCGCCAAGCAGCCCAAGGAUCGUCACACUCUGGAGGUGCCCACCACCACGCCGGCCAACUCCAGCGCCAACAUGUGUCAGCCCACGCAGUAUCCCAAGCUCAUCAACAAUGCCAAGCUGCUUAGUGCCAAGGAUAAGGAUAAGGACAACAAGCUGCAGCGCUGGCGCCAAACCAUACAACGCACCAUGGCCACCACCAAGUCCAACAAGCAGCAGCCGCAGCAGCAACAGCGCGCAACGUUGCCACGCUCCGGAUUUGAAGCACAAACGCUGCUCAGCUCAAAGGCGGCUGCUUGGAGCAAUAAAAUUGAUGCCUAUCGCUCGAGUCUGGCGCACAACAAGACAACUCAGCCGCCGCCAGCAGCACCACCGGAGCGACUGCGCUAUCCAGAGCGUGUUGAUGUCUAUCCCGUGUCCAUGAGCAACAACAACAAGUCCACAAAGACUGCUCCGACUCGUGUUACUCGCAGCACCAAAAGCGCUGCCACAACUAACGGCACACAGCGUCUGUUGCUGCCACGCAGCACUCAUGCCUCACAAAUGCGGCAAUCCGAAGUGAAGCGCCGUUUAAAUCUCAUGCGAAACGAUAAAGAUACCGAUGUGCAAUUUAAUGAAUAUCUAUUUAAAUAGGUCGCGUUUUUCUACGUUUUUUAUUCGUGUUUUUGCUAACUAAACUUAAAUUACGCAUACGAA